AUGGCGAAUAGCAAAGGCGAGGUCAUUGUGCCUUUUAAUUUCUCCAACUUCAAUUCACUAUAUACAUGUGAAUAUUUUGGUUCAUCAGUGAGCUCCAAGGGUUUGUUUAGAAGAGAUGAUCCAUUGUUGCAUCCUCUUCCAAUUCUUACGCUACAACUUGGUGCUGUUAUUAUAACCUCAUCAAUCUUUCAAAUCCUGUUGAAGCCUUUCAAACAACCUAGAUUUGUCUCACACAUGUUGGCUGGAAUUAUCUUAGGACCUUCAAUCUUCCAAUACUUGAACAAUGGAAUUUUCUACUCCAAGCUGUUCAACGGAAAACAAUCCAUAAUCGCCGACGUCCUCGAGCUUGUUAGCUUCUCCUACUUCGGAUUCCUAAUCGGGGUCCGUACCGACAUCUCCCUCAUCACCUCCACCGGAAAACUCAGUUGGAUCGUCGGCAUUGCCACCUCCAUCCUCCCCGUCGCCCUCGCUGUCCCCACCGCCCACGGCCUCUCCAAAUCCUACCCCUCCAUCGGCCCCAGCCUCAACACUAUCUCCGUCCUCGGGGGCACCACCUCCUUCCAUGUCACCUCCAUCCUCCUCGAGGAUCUCCACCUCCUCAAUUCUGAAAUCGGCCGCCUCGCUCUCUCUUGCUCUCUCAUCAGCAACCUUUGUGGUAUGCUCAUCAAAUCCCUAAGCUCCUUGGCAAGCCAAGCUCAGUUCAUGCACACCGGAGCUCUAUCUCUUUUCCAAGUCGAGAUUGGCAGGUUUCUUGUUAUAUUGAUCAUCAUAUUUAUUCUUCGUCCCGUCAUGUUUUACAUGAUGAAAAAAAUCCCAGAAGGUUCUACCAUAAAAGAAUCACACCUGGCCGUUAUCACUAUAAUGCUUUUUGGGACCAUGCUCACUUCCGAAACCCUAGGGUUGCAAGCCUACUUCGGAGGAAUGGUUCUAGGGUUUGCGGUCCCAUCAGGGCCGCCCCUGGGGUCGGGUUUGGCGAAAAAGUUGAAUCUUAUUAUGUUCGCAUUAAUGUUACCGGCAUAUAUUAUUGAUACAGGUAGGCAUGUGAAUGUGAUGCUUGUCCAUAAAAUGAACUAUGGUCCGGUGGAGUUGGUGGUCCACCUCGGAUACAUGGGGAAAUUCAUUGCUGCCGUUGUACCGGCACGACAUUUUGGGAUGCCUUUUGCGGAUGCUUUCUCGUUAGGGUUUAUACUGACCUCGCAGGGGUUCUUUGAUAUUAUGCUUUUUAAAAGAGCAUUGAGGUUUUCGUUGUUAGAUGAAGGACUCUACUCCAUCCUCACCAUCACAGCGGUCUUCUACGCAGCUGUCAUCACUCCCAUAAUCAGCAUCCUCUAUAAUCCAUCAAAGAGAUAUGCAAACUACAGAAGAAGAACAAUCCAGCAUUCCCGGGGUGACACCGAGCUUCGAAUCCUGGUCUCCAUCCAUGAAGAAGAAACCAUUUUCAGCCUCAUGAAUCUCUUAAAAGCCUCUCAUUCAACCCGGGCAAGACCCCUAGGAGUCUACAUUCUAGACCUAAUGGAGCUCGCUGGCCGCGAACACCCUCUCCUCAUCAACCACCAGUUCCACAAGCGCAACCGCAGUUCCAAUGCCACUAGAACUGAUCGCAUCAUCAACGCCUUCCGCCACCACGAGCACCUCCGCCAAGGAUUGGUCAAAUUCCAGUUCUUCACUGCCAUAACACCUUACGACACCAUGCACGACGAUAUAUGCGUUAUGGCACUGGAGAGAAGCACGUCCCUUUUAGUCAUCACUUUUCAAAAUUCAGACAGCAGUAAAGUUCGGUCAGUCAAAAAAAAUGUCCUUGAUAAGGCCCCUUGCUCCGUUGGAAUCCUUGUCAAUAAAAAAAUAUUUACCUACUUUGUGAACGAGUCCCUCCAGGAGGACACGUUUCUAGUGUGCGUGAUCUUCACCGGAGGGCCUGACUCGCGGGAGGCGCUAGCGUAUGGGAUGCGCAUGGCGGAGAACCCGCGAACUAAGGUCAAUGUGAUCCAAUUCGUCGGAGAGGAUGAGUUUAUUACUGAUCUAAUGGAUGCCAAACUUGACCUAAAAAUGAUCAAUGAGUUCAGGAGUGUUUACAAAGACAGUAGAAGGGUUGAGUUUAGGAAUGUGACUGUGCACGACGGAGCCGAGACUUCUAGGGUUUUGUUGUCUUUGGAUGACAAGUAUAACUUCAUAUUGGUUGGAAGGAGAGUGAACAAAGAAUCUUCAGUGGUUUCUGGGCUCACUGAGUGGAAUAAUUAUAUUGAGGAGUUGGGGAUCAUUGGAGAUAUACUUGCAUCUUCUGAUAUGAAGAGCAAUGCUUCUGUGUUGGUGUUGCAACAACAGUCCACUGUUGAGGAUAUGAUGAAGAAAUUUGGAUGAGUUGUUAUAUCAUGUUUGGGGAUAAAGCAUUUGGGUGUCACCAUCAAUGGCUAACUAGGUUGUUACAUUUGGAGCUUUCAUAGGCAUGGAAAUCCACAAGUCUCUGCAACAAAGUUAGCUAACAAGCAGAUCCAAACAAGAGAAGCUAGCAAUUUCAUGCCUGUAAUAGUGAUGUUACAUCAGAGCAACUUUGUUUUGAAACAGUGAAAAAACUUGCAACAAUUGCAUGAGAAGGUCUUACAUUGCUACCAUUCGUCUGUUAUCAUGUACGAUGAUGUUACUGUUACACUCAAUAUUUGUUCCUAACUAGAAGGGCAAUUUAGUCUAUGAAAUUAUCAUAGAGCAACUUUCCAAUGGUCAUUGAUUGGG